CAAUUUACACAUGUCUACUACAUUUUAAUUUUAAUCCACAAAAUGAAACUGGAAAAUAAACGUAUCUUUAUAAGUAAUUUGCCAGAAACUGUUACACCAGACGAACUGAAAAAUUGUGCAAAAAAUUAUGGAAAUGUGACGUCGGUGGAAAUUAAAGAACGCAAGGAACUGGGACUAAAAAACGAUUCGUUAUUUUUUGCGUAUAUAAACGUUGAAAUAGACGAUAGAAGUUUACAGCAAUGUUUUAAAGAUUUCGCUAAUGGAAAAUGUAUGGGACAACGUAUUGUUUUGCAAGUUGCUAGAGAAAGUUUCUUGGAUCGUUUAAAAAGGGAACGCGAGGAAAAAGGCGACCCUCAGAAAGUUAUAAAUGUUUUAAAUUCUUCUGGAGCUCAACAAAGUACUAUAAAGCUAAACCAGACUAGUAGUUCAAAAAUAGAAGAAAAGAAAAAACACACAUCUAAAAAGAUCAAAAGGGAACAGAGUGAGUCUUCUUCUACUGAAGAUGAGAAGAAAGUUCCUAAACGGUCUAAGAAUGAUGUAAUAAGUAAAUUAAAUAAUGAAGAAGAGAUUUCCCAUGAUACAGAUGAAAUUGUAGGUUUUGUUAUUAAGAACAACAAAGGUAAAACUGUUGAUAAAAAUGGUUUGAAAAUAGAAUCAGUAGGUAAAAGUCCAAUAUUGAGAAUAGAUAAAUUAAAACGUAAACCCGAAAUUAACUCAUCAGAAGCAAAUUUAAAAAGAUUGCAGUCUCUUAGUAAUUUGAAGAAAUCUUAUAAAAGUCAAAAGUCUUUGAUACAACAGUCCUUGUCAAAGAUCGAUAACGUUCCUAAUAAAAAAAUAAUUUUUGAUGAGACAGAAAAUGUCAAUACCGAUGAGUUAAAUCAUACAGGUACAAAUUCAAAAAAGUCUCUUUUUGAUGACGAACUCCAAGAAGAUGAUUUUGAACCUAAUUUUGAAAUCAAAGAACAAUUUCAGGGCGAAAAGGGGCAAAAGUUAUUGGAACUUCAAACGAGAUACAAAAAUGACAAACGCUUCGUUUUGGACUCAAGAUUUUUGGAUGAAAAUGGAGACGAGAAAGAGGCCGACGAUCAUUUGGAGAACAAGGAAGAAGUAUCUUUAGAAGACGAGAAGAAGAAAGAAUAUCAAAUUUUGGAGCAAAUUUUGGGAAAAAAGGUGGUACCAAAACAAAAAGCAGAAUCGGGAAGUCAGAGGAAAGUUAUGUUACGAUUCGACCCGACACAACCUGAACAUUCUAAAUUCGAAUUAAAGAAUGAGGCGAAAAAGGAGAAAAAGAGAAGGAAAAGGGAGAAUUCCGAAACCGAUGUACUAAACGAAAAGAAGCAAGAAGAAAAAGAAGUGCCGGAAGUAUCAAAAGAAGUAUUUUAUAAGGUCACGGACGAUUUGAAAGACAGCUUGAAAGAGAAACACGAGUUUAGUUUGUUGAGCAUGUUUGGCAAAGCAGACGAAGAAGAACAAGUUAAGGAAGAGGAAGAAACUACGAAACAAAUCUCUAGCGGUACCAAUAAAUUUAUGCAAGAAAAAAAUCCAUUUCGAUACGACUCCUCUGACGACGAAAAUGAAACCGAAGACGUACCCAACAAGGAAGACGCACAACAAAAUGAAAAACCUUUAGAAACUCAAGCUAGAACUAACGCGAGAAAUACAUUUUGGUCGGAGCCAUUCUUCUUUACCGAUGACGACUAUCGGUUGCAAGAAGGAGUUGAUUUUAUCGAAAAAAUGAGUACCAAGGAGGACAACGACUUUACAAAGUUAAGGAGAGACUUGAAAGGAAUCGUAAAAGCGAAAGUGAGGAAUAACCAGAGGAAAAACAGGCCGUUCAAGAAGAAACUGGGUGGUAGUAAAAAGAAGAAAAUGUUGAGGAUUAAGAGAGCUCUCAAAAGGUAGUGAUAGUGAUGGAGAAAUGAAGAGGACUGGCGAAGAAAUUACGAAAGCAGUAGAUUUUCUUUUCUACAGAAUAUAAAGAGAAAAUAUGUAAUUAUGAAUUAAACUUUACUAUUUUAUAUACAUGUAUAUAUUUAUUUCUAAGAAAUACUUUAAAAUUACUAUUUUGUGGUAAUUAUAUUA